AUGAAAAUCUAUACGGGUACGGGAGACAAGGGUACAUCUGCAUUGUUUACUGGGGAACGACGUUCGAAGACAGAUGCUGUUUUUGAUGCUCUGGGUUCUGUGGAUGAGCUGUCAUGUGCUUUAUCUAUGGCGUUGGCCCAAAUCGAUUUGUAUUCGAAAAGACCGGUUCAGCCGGGUUAUAACCUUCAGGAACUUUGUGAUCAACUGGAUCUGAUACAAAGGCGGCUGCAAGCCUUGUCCUCUUCAGUGNGAGGAACUGGGCGGCUGCAAGCCUUGUCCUCUUCAGUGGCUACUCCCAUACCCAGUUCCUCGGAGCCGAAUAGUGCAGAAAAACGCCGAGCACGAUUCGCUCAUGUCAAUUUUCCUGAGGAAGCUGCCUCUGUAGAACUGGAGGCUUGGAUUGACGCAAUGACGGCAGUUUUACCUCCACUUCGUCAGUUCAUCCUGCCCUCUGGCGGUACACCGGGUACCACACUCCAUUUUGCGCGCGCGAUAUGCAGGCGGGCUGAAAGACGCAUUGUUACACUUAAUCUCGAACAAAUGGUGGUGGAACCCGCAGUUACAAUUUAUAUGAAUAGACUCAGUGAUUAUUUGUUCACGGCUGCGCGAUCUAUACGGCAUUAUCCGGGUGACGAAUUGGGUCGCGGUGCUGGCAAGGGUGGUGGUGCCGGAGGAUCUAUUCGUGACGCCGGUGGUGCUUUUGGAAAGCGCCAAGCAAGACAUGAAGAGGAGUACUUCCAUCGCAAGGUGUUUAUUUGUUUAUUCCCACCGGUUGUUCACCCAGCGUUUCGUUAA